AGCGUCGCGGGCUUAUCGUACGGUUUCGCACGCCGCGGCAACUGUCUUGGCGGGUCUUCUGCAGCUGGAGUUGGUGACGGCCUGUCACGCGGAGGUUUACAGACGUACUCGCCUGCUGCAGAUUCCGCGGGGCCGCCAGUGGGACAAGGCCAGUAGAGUUAUAAAGCUCCAGGCGGAGACGGUCAUGGUUGGAAAGUGGAGAGAAUAUCUCGCCAACCGCACCGUAACCAAAUACGGUAGGAGGACCGUCGAUGCUGUUCUGCCCCAUCUGGACGCAUGGCUGGAUGGUCGGAGGCACGGACUCACAUUCAGAGCGACACAGGUGCUCACCGGGCAUGGGUGCUUCGGUAAGUACCUGUGUCGCAUAUGGAAGAAGGCGGACACGAGGUGUCACCACUGCGACGAGGUGUUGGACAUGGCGUAG